CCCAGCUUCAGUGCCCUCGUGUUCUUUACUGUUGCCGAGUGUGAGUGUGAGGCCAUCGACAAUGGUGACUGCACACUCACCCUCACUGCAGCUAGGGGUCACUCACGUGAAGUCAGUCUUUAGGUCACGACAGGUGUAAUGCUAACGCUGUAUGUACCCGUGAGCCGGAUCAGGGGGAGGUCUUUGGGAACGUGUGAGAGACUAUCGAAAGGGGUGGCUGUGCAGUCGUGGCCAUUGGACGCACGCCAAAGCAGGUCAAGUAAAGGGCACUCAUGUAGCGAGGGAUCUGUUCGAUUCAUGCCUCUCGUGUGCACCAAGAGUUUCGGCAGUCGCAGUCUAAGCCUCGACGAUAGUUUGUGGUCGAAAUGGUCGCGGUUUCAAACCAUGCCUUGCCUUUGCACAUGCAAGGUCACCUCCGCAGACAGCGCACGCACCAACUGUUCCACCUCGCUGCGAUGCCAACGACGAUAUAAGCGGAGAGAUGACGCCCGACGGCAUCGCAAGCACGCGACGCUGAUCUCUGCACCCGUGGUACAAAGCCGCGCUGGUGCGUACGGGUCGACGCGACCCGAACCACGUCGCGCAAGCAGGCAGGUCCGAGUGAAGAUCAGAAUCUCGCUCGCUGGCUCGCUCAACACAGGGACGGGCACGCACGCCAUGAUGCACGCAGCGAUGGCGUCGAUCCGAGGCCACUCGAGCUCAGCAACUCUGCCGAUCGGGCGCGCGGUGCAGCGGUCCAGACGCCAGAUGCCUUCUCCAGUCCUUCGCAGCGUCUGUUCGGCGGUGGAGCAGCGUUGCACUCCCUCUCUCAGCACGGUGCAUUAGCCGUGCAAACUUUGUGCACGCCUGUGCAGGCACUGCGGCUAGGGAGCACGGCGGGCGGGCGACGGCGAGCGGGCGCGUGGGACGGGGGCUCUUCUAUUCGCCGCGGUAUCGAUAAGAGAUUGCGGUGGAGAAGCGUGGCAUUGCGCGGAC